CAAUUCUUUGCCUUGCCUUGCAGAAAACUCUUCUAUCAUGUCGCAGAAUGGAUACUUUGAGGAUGCAGGCUACCUCAAGCGUGACACGGAUGAUGCCUCUGAAACCCGUGAGGAGAGCCUGGGGGAUGAGGCCUUCGACACGGUCAACUCCUCCAUUGUGUCUGGCGAGAGCAUCCGUUUCUUUGUCAACGUCAACCUCGAGGUGCAGCCCACCCAGUCCGAGAGUGAAUCGCCUGGCGGCUACGGGCUCCUACACAUCUCCCGCAAGUACCUGAAGCUAAAGAACUUUGAGGAAGAGAUCCGAGCGCACCGGGACCUAGACGACUUCUUGGCACGGGCCAGCAUCAUCCUGAACGAGACAGCCACCUCCCUGGAUGAUGUGCUACGGGCCAUGCUGUGCCGCUUAGCCCAAGACUCCCAGAACAUCGAGCCCGACUGCAACUUGGACCUGCUCAUGGCCAUGCUUUUCACUGAUGCCGGGGCCCCCAUGGAGGGUAAAGCAGUUCACCUACUGUCAGAUACCAUCCAAGGGGUCACUGCCACAGUAACGGGGGUGCAAUACCAGCAGUCGUGGCUCUGCAUCAUCUGUACCUCCAAGGCCCUGCUGAAGCGGCACGUGUGCAUCAGCCGCCUGGUUCGCCCGCAGAACUGGGGGGAGAAUUCCUGUGAGGUGCGGUUUGUCAUCCUGGUGCUGGCCCCACCCAAGAUGAAAAGCACCAAAACUGCGACGGAGGUGGGACGCACGUUUGCCACCAUGUUCUUAGACAUCACCUUCCGCCAGAAGCUCCUGAAGACCCGCACGGAGGAGGAAUUCAAGGAGGCCCUGGUACAUCAGAGACAGCUGCUCACCGUAAUGAGCCACUGUCCGAGCAUCAGCAUGAAGGACUACAGCAUGAGCUCCAUCUGCACCCACAGACCCCCGCAGCCCCCACGGCACAAGGACUUUCUCCCCAUGGGGAGGGGCAUCCGGGAGGACAUCGCCCGCAGAUUCCCUGUGUACCCACUGGACUUCACUGAUGGCAUGAUCGGGAAAAACAAAGCUGUGGGCAAAUACAUCACCACCACCCUGUUCCUCUACUUCGCCUGCCUCCUGCCCACGAUCGCUUUUGGGUCCCUCAACGAUGAGAACACGAACGGGGCCAUUGAUGUACAGAAGACCAUAGCUGGGCAGAGCAUUGGAGGCCUCUUGUACGCACUCUUCUCCGGGCAGCCACUGGUGGUGCUGCUGACGACCGCACCCCUGGCCCUCUACAUCCACGUGAUCCGUGGCAUCUGUGAUGACUACGAUCUGGACUUCAGUACCUUCUACGCAUGGACAGGCCUGUGGAACAGUUUCUUCCUCGCGCUUUAUGCCCUCUUCAACCUCAGCCUGGUCAUGAGUCUCUUCAAGAGGUCAACGGAGGAGAUCAUUGCUUUGUUCAUUUCCAUCACAUUCGUGCUGGAUGCUGUCAAGGGCAUGGUCAAAAUCUUCCAGAAGUACUACUGUGGCCACAACCCCGGGAACUACUACGAAGAUAGGUCUUCCCCGGUGAGCCUGCUGGGCCUCAGCCCCAGCCUCAACAGCAGCCUCCACGCUGCCCUCAACACCAGCCUCCUGGCCAGCCCACCAGAGCUGACUUCAGUGGGCAGCCAGGGCCCCGAGCCCCUGGCCCGGGACACGGCUGUGCUCAGCCUCCUCAUCAUGCUGGGGACACUCUGGCUGAGCUACACCCUCUACCAGUUCAAGAAGAGCCCCUACCUGCACCCCUACAUGCGUGAGAUCCUGUCAGACUGUGCCUUGCCCAUCUCAGUGCUCACCUUCUCCCUCAUCUCUUCCUACGGCUUCCAGGAGAUUAAGAUGGGCAAGUUCCGAUACAACCCAAGCAAGAGCCUGUUCGAGAUGGCCGAGAUGCACUCGCUAUCCCUGGUGGCCGUCAGCGGCGCCAUGGGCCUCGGCUUCCUCCUCUCCAUGCUCUUCUUCAUCGAGCAGAACCUGGUGGCCGCCUUGGCUAAUGCCCCGGAGAACAGGCUGGCGAAGGGUACUGCCUACCACUGGGACCUCCUGCUCGUCGCCAUCAUCAACACCGGGCUGUCUCUGUUUGGGCUGCCCUGGAUCCACGCUGCCUACCCCCACUCCCCGUUGCACGUGCGGGCACUAGCCAUGGUGGAAGAGCGUGUGGAGAAUGGGCACAUUUACGAGACGAUUGUGAGUGUGAAGGAGACGCGGUUGACCAGCCUGGGCGCCAGCAUCCUGGUGGGCUUCUCCCUCCUGCUGCUGCCCUUCCCGCUGCAGUGGAUCCCCAAGCCUGUGCUCUACGGCCUCUUUCUCUACAUCGCGCUCACCUCCAUCGACGGCAACCAGCUGUUUGCACGCAUGGUCCUGCUGCUCAAGGACCAAACCUCGUACCCACCCACCCACUACAUCCGGAGGGUGCCCCAGAGGAAGAUCCACUACUUCACAGGCCUGCAGGUCCUGCAGCUGCUGCUGCUCUGUGCCUUUGGCAUGAGCACCCUGCCCUACAUGAAGAUGAUCUUUCCCCUCAUCAUGAUCGCCAUGAUCCCCAUCCGCUACAACCUGCUGCCCCAAAUCAUUGAAGCCAAGUACCUGGACGCCAUGGACGCUGAGCAUUGAGGUCCUGACUACCAGGCCCUGGCCACACCCUAUUCGCCCAUCCUUCUGGGUCUUCCCAGGCUGGCUCUGUGGCUGUGUGUGGGUAUCUUGGGGUGCGGCUCUGUGCUGCACCCCCUCACAGCUGUCCCAACUGGCCUAGGGUGUCUGGGCAUUGAGGGGGCUCCAAGGUGUGUGU